UUUCAGGAUUGGAACCGUACGUGGUACACCACGAGCCCAGACCUGACCCCGUGCUUCCAGAACACUGUCCUGGUGUGGCUGCCAUGCCUCUACCUCUGGCUCUGUGCUCCAGUCUACCUCCUCUACCUCUGCAGACAUAACAAUGGUUACAUAUGCAUGAGUCAUCUCAACAAAGCCAAAACUGCUGUUGGCUUUUUCUUAUGGAUUAUCUGCUGGGCAGAUGUUUUCUAUUCUUUCUGGGAAAGAAGCCAAAGUACCAGCGUCCCUGCUCCAGUCUAUCUGGUCAGUCCAACCAUUCUUGGCCUCACCAUGUUGCUGGCAACCCUGUUAAUCCAGUAUGAACGGAUGAAGGGUGUUCAGUCCUCUGGGGUGAUGUUGAUCUACUGGCUGCUGGCUCUGCUUUGUGCUACAGUCACCUUCAGGUCCAAGGUCCUCCAGGCGCUGUACCAGCCAUCUACAGUGUGUGUGUGGCGACACACAACCUUCUACAUCUACUACACCAUGCUGCUUGUUGCUCUGUUCCUGUCCUGCCUUUCAGACCAGCCGCCGCUCUUCUCCCAAGCUAUUAAAGACCUGAAUCCCUGUCCAGAGCCUGGAGCUGCCUUCCUGUCCAGAAUAACCUUCUGGUGGAUCAGCAGGAUGAUGUUGAAUGGCUACAGGCGCCCCCUGGAGGAGAAGGACCUGUGGUCUUUGAACUCUGAAGACUGUUCCCAGAGAGUCGUUCCACAGCUGGUACAGCGCUGGACCACAGAGUGUCAGAAGGCCAAAAGGACCGAGCAGAGCGCUCAGUAUGCUGCUCAUCGGGCUCCACUCCAUGAGGGGAAAGAGGACCAAGUUCUGGAGGAAUCGGAGAUCUUAAUUCUAAAAAAGCCCCAGAAAACAAAGGAUCCUUCUCUGCUCUGGGCACUGUGUCUCACCUUUGGGCCCUACUUCCUUGUUUCCUGCCUCUACAAGUUCAUUCAAGAUAUCCUGAUGUUUGUUGGGCCCGAGAUCCUGAGGCUGCUGAUUCGCUUUGUCAACAACUCCAGCGCCCCCUCAUGGCAGGGUUACUUUUACACGGCUCUGCUCUUCUUGUGCACAUCAGUGCAGUCUCUCAUCCUGCAGAAGUAUUUUCAUGUUUGCUUUGUGACGGGCAUGCGCCUGCGCACCGCCAUCAUUGGAGCCGUCUAUAGGAAGGCACUGGUGAUCACGAAUGCAGCACGAAGGACCUCCACAGUUGGUGAGAUCGUGAACCUGAUGUCAGUGGACGCUCAGCGCUUCAUGGACCUCAUCACCUACAUCAACAUGAUUUGGUCGGCUCCUUUGCAGGUGGUGCUGGCCCUUUACUUUCUCUGGCAGAACCUCGGCCCGUCUGUGCUGGCUGGAGUGGCUGUGAUGAUCCUGAUGGUUCCUGUCAACGCUGUCAUCGCCAUGAAAACCAAAACCUACCAGGUUAGUCCUCUUUAAAGAAUA